GGCAAUGUUUGAUGAAAUGGAGCAUCACUACAGAACAUUUUUGGAACAUUAGCAAAUAAUUUUUUCUUUCUAUUUUCAGAUCAGGAUGUCAUCGCUGUUUUAUAUUUGUGUUUUUGUGGGGAUCGUGGCGUGCGCUGCCGCCUUGGACUGUAACCAUGGUGUCACGGACGGAUGCAGCAUUCCACUGGGCAUGCCGUUCUUCUACAAAAGCAGAUUUCGUCAUGCGUGUGACAAACAUGACAUUUGCUAUCAUUGUGGUGUGUCACACGGCGUGAGUAAGCACCAGUGCGACGUCCGUCUCUACCACAACGCCAUCAGCGUCUGUCACAGCGCCGGCAAGAGGUUCAUCUUCGAUAUGGACGCCGUCACCAAGCAGUUCUGCGACAGCAUCGCCAAGGCCUACUACAGCGCCGUGAACAUCUUCGGAAGUGGAAGCUACCACAACUCUCCCGACCACUACUGCCACAGUUCGUGGGUCCCCCAUUGUAUUUAAUACU